ACUUUUCCAUUAAAAUAAAAAUAAAAAUAAAAAUAAGCGACAUAUAUUCGCUUUCUCUUCUCUCUCCCGCCACUCUGCAAGCUGGGGCGACGGAAAUGGAGGUUCGACCGACGAUCAUGGUAACCAACGACGACGGCAUUGACGCUCCUGGCUUGCGCGCAUUAAUUCGUGUCCUCGUCUCCACCAAGCUUUACCAUGUUCGAGUCUGUGCACCUGCUUCGGAACAAUCAGCUAUUGGCCAUGGGAUCACUUGGCGGCAUCCUAUCUCUGCCAAGCAAGUGGAGAUUGAGGGAGCAACAGCUUUUGCAGUUGCUGGCACGCCAGCUGAUUGUUCUUCUUUGGGAAUCUCAGAUGCACUGUUUCCAUCAAUUCCUGACCUGGUACUUAGUGGCAUUAAUAUGGGAAGUAACUGCGGUUAUCAUAUUGUUUACUCUGGGACUGUAGCUGGGGCUCGAGAAGCAUUCUUCAAUAGUGUACCAGCAAUAUCUCUGUCAUAUGAUUGGGUUGGAGGUGUGAGCAAUAUUGACGACUAUGGUCUAGCUGCUGAAGCGUGUCUACCUAUCAUAAAUGCAGUGCUAGCGGAGAUAAAAAACAAAACCUAUCCACAAAGAUGCUUUUUGAAUAUAGAUCUGCCCACAAAUAUUCGGUGUCACAAGGGUUACAGACUGACAACCCAGGGUAAGAGUAUCUUUAAAAUGGGUUGGAAGCAAGUUACUUCCACCGCCCGAGGAAAACUGUUGUCAACAAUGGAGAUGGAUAUGGACUCAUCAGAGUCUCAAGAGGUCAGUUCUUCGGCAGUGUCUCAAGGCCAACGAUUAUUUAGGAGAGUGGCAAUAGAACACUCAAUUGAGGAUAGUGAUAACGACAUUCGAUCUCUCCAAGAUGGAUAUAUAUCAGUUACUCCUCUGGGUGCAAUCUCGCCUGCGGAGGCAGAAUGUCAGAGAUACUUCAAAGAUUGGCUUCCUGGUGUCAUGGAGCGCGCUUUUUCAGCCUUGUAAUCUUCCAAUUCUCAUAAUCAUGACAUCCAUUUGUUUCAUAAAUAGUUUUUACUCUCUUUUUUUUUAUUAUUGUUAUCAAGCCAUGUUUUCGCUUGUUGAGGUUUUGCUGUGACGAUAGAUUGCUCUGAAGUCUUAAUCUGUAUUGAUAAAGGUAACAUGAAUUAUGUUGCAAAAUCCAUAUCUUAAUAUUCUUUCA